CCUGGCUGGGUGUGCGCAGCCUGGGCUCGUACAGGCAGCUACACUGGGCCAUUCGCCAAGUGAAUUGUUCGCGGAGCAUUGGUCUCUGCCAGCGAGUCCUUUGAAUUCGCGGAGCAUUGUGCCCCGCUGAGAAUUCCUGCACGUGCAGAGCAUUGGCCUCUGCAAACAACAUCCUGCACGUGCAGAGCAUUGGCCUCUGCUAGGAGUCCUCAAUUCACGGAGCAUUGGUCUCUGCAGAGGAUUCCUCAACGUGCAGAGCAUUGGCCUCUGGAAAAGAGCGUGGAUUUCCUUUGAAGUUUUGCUGAGGCCUUGUUGCUCCUCUGUGACAUCCUCCCUUCAAAAUGGCUUCUGGGUUCCCAAAAAAGACACCAACACCUCGUCUUUUGCUGAGGGAAAGACUGCAGCCUAACACUCUGCUUCCCUCUAAGUUCCAGCAGGACAAGUUUGCAAACACGAAGAAGAAGGAGGCCAGCACUGGGGGGAGGAUUCUGCCCAGAAUUGGCCCAUGGAUAGACCUGAGCAAGACUGGUCCAAAGCUGCCGUCAGCUCCCCCAAAGCAGAACUUGUUGCAGAUUUCCCCACCAGAGGUGAUAUUUCAGAACUUCAACACUCAUGAUGUCUCUGAAAUGACAGUGUCUCUCAUGAAUGUGGACAAGUUUCCUCAUGUGGUGAAGGUCUCCAUGGAGAGAUCACCUUACUUCCAGGUCAUGGGCUCCAACGAUGCCUACCGUCUCCUGGUGCCGGCCGUGUCUGUCCCUGUGCGCAUCCGCUUCAGCCCCGGCGAGAACAAGGAUUAUUCCCACCAGCUGCUCUGUGUCACUGAAAGGGAAAGGAUAGUGGUGCCAAUUCGGGCCAUUGCUGCCCGAGCUAUCCUGGACUUCCCUGACCAGCUGGACUUCUCCACAUGUCCAGUGAAGUGCAGCACCCAGCAGACUCUGCUGCUCCGCAACACCGGGAACCUGGAAGCUCGUUUCCAGCUGAGCACCCAGAGGCAGAGUCUUUUUGGGCAGUCACAGAGAGAGCUGUGGCUGGAAAAAUUAAUGGAGGAGAAAGAAACAGGGAAGGAGAAGGGCUCUUGUGAAGAUCGUGCUGCCAGCCUGAGAGCCCCAGGGGAGAUGGCAAAGGUGCACCAGGACCCCAUGUUCUCUGAUGACGUUUCUGUCAUUGAGCCAAUGGAGGGAGAAAUUGAGCCGGAUGGUUUGGCCAAAAUCAAGAUGACUUUCAAACCCCUGGAAGCAGUGGAGUAUCAAAGUGUGGCUUGUUGCAGCAUCUCAGGCCGUGAGAGCAGGCUGCCCCUGCAGCUCAGAGGGGAAGGCCAAGGACCCUUGGUUGAGCUCAGCUCUGACACUCUGGAGCUUGGGGACAUUUUUGUCAACACCCCCCAUGUCUGUGAGGUGAACCUGAUCAACCAAGGAGCUCUUGAUGCUCCCUUCAGAUACAUCCCUGCAGCCACAAAGGCGGGCUUGGGCUUCAAGUUGGCACCCCAGGAGGGCAUCAUUGCAGCAGGUGGGAGCCAGACUCUCCAGAUCUCCUUCAGUGCCACCGUGUUGGGGAGGUUUGAGGAAGAAUUCCGGUUCAGUGUGGCUGGAUCUCCUACGCCUGCCAUCCUGACCAUCAGGCUUUCCCUACACCCAGCGCUGCCGGCUCACUAACAGCUCCCCGGUGCCCGUGACGUUCCAGCUCCGCAUGUCGUUCGAUGGCACGCAGCCGGCCGUGGACAGCGUCGAUCAGAUCCGCUGCCACAGUGACCCAGCCUGGAGGAAGGGCAUUCACUUGUAUGUGGAGCCCCGGGAGUUUACAAUCACUCCCAGCCAAGGGACCAUCCUGCCCCAGGGACACCAGGACAUCCAGGUGACCCUGUGUUCCAACUCGGUGAUGGAGUUCUAUAGGAAAAUGCUGGUGGAUCUGGAGGGUUUUGGCAAGGGAGUGGCAUCACUGGUCAUCACAGCCAGAUGUCUCGUUCCAAAGCUGCAAGUGUCCCCCCAUGUGCUGCAAUAUGAUGAGUGCCUCCUGAAGGUGCCCUAUGAGAAGAAGUUCAUCAUUAGGAAUCCCAGCCACCUGCCUGGCUGCUACGGGCUUAUUGAACAGAAACGCAAGGAGGACGCUGCUGUGCUCUACUCCAGCCCCAGGCCCUGUGGGAUUGUCCAGCCUCACAGCACUGCAGAGAUCCCAGUGCUGGUGGAAGUGCAGGCGCUGGGCACGCAUCGCACCAAUGUUCUCAUCGGCGUGUUCGGGGAUGAGAGAAACCCACUGGUGAGUGCAGGGGAGAUGUGUGCCUCUGUGCAGCUGCUCCUGGCAGGCUGCAAAGGGCACAGGGAUUCUGCCGGGGAAAACAGGCACAGGCUGCUGUGGAGAAGGCCAGGAGGGAUGGGUGGCACAAACAGCUCGUGCCUCACGGGUGGUAAUCUCAGUGUCUGGCACAGAAUGUCGUUGGUCUGAGCUGGAAUCCAGGGCCACUUUAGUGCAUUACUCUUGAAAAUGCUGUUAACUUUGGAAACAUCUGUUUGGAAAUGGUAUCUCUCUGAGCGCAAAAGGGGAUGUCAGAAUAUUUCUGGGAACCUUGAGCUUUCUGUCAACGAAAGGAAAGCUGGCAUUUGAAGAGUGGUUGCAAGGAUUGAAACUUACAUUAAAACAUAAGGAAAUGACAAUGCCAAAUUCCCUGGAUGGCACCAAACAUCUGAACCUGGGCCAUUGUGGCACUGCAUGUAAAUCAGUGAAGAGGAAGGACAGGCAAGGCAGGCUGUGCCAGGGAGCCUGAGGUUUGACAGAACAGUUGCUUUCAACUCUCAGACUGCUUACCUUAAAGAGGAGGGUUUCUCCCCACCAGAGGAACCAGUUGUUUAACUGUCAGCCUGGUCUGAACUAGAGAUUUCUUGCAAAGCUUUUACCUUUGGGCCAAUAAUUUGUAGUUUGAAAGAUUCUCUUACCUUGAUCCUUUUAAAUUUGGAGGUGAACAUGUAAUUAUCUAUUUAUUUUUUCUCCAAAAGCCCAGCAUUUCAGCUGGAGAGUGGUAGCUGUCCCUAAAGAAAUAACUAGAGCAGGGUUGAGCUGUUGAAGGAUUUUUAGGUUUCCCUGUUGUGGUUUGCUUUGGGUUUUUUUAAAAAUGUUUCUUGCCUGCUUCCUGGGACAGAGAAAACAGUUAUGGAGCUCUGGACAGCUGGCAGAAACCUCGCCAAGCCCAAGGCUGAUGGAGUCUGGCAGGAUCCCAGCACUACAGCCCAUAGAUGAGCUUCACCCACCUCAAUUCACUCCCCAACCACCAAAGGAGAUGAGAACAUGUUUGCAUUGCCCAGCGUCUCGAUGGAGGCACUUCAAGGCUGGAAAGCAGGAGGCAGCCACAGCCCUGACUGAAGAGCAGGAUUUGACCCAGUCUUCAGGAGUAGAGAAGGGAGCUGAAGGGGCCGGCUCCAAAGCUUGAGGAGGAGACAAAAGCCUUGGAGGAGGAAGAGAGGCAGAAGGAGAAAGAGAAGCAGAAGAAAGAAAAGAAGGGUGUCUCUGUGGGGAAGGAACCUCCAAAAGCAGAGAAGGGGAAAACCAAACCCACAGAGAAGAAGGAAAGCAAGGCCCCAGAGAAGAAGGACACCAAAAUCCCAGAGCGGAUGGAAACCAAAGCCCCAGACAAGAUAGAAACCAAACUCCCAGAAAAGAAAAACAAACAUCCAGAAAAGAAGGAAAUCAAAUUCCCAGAGAGGAAGGAAAGCAAGGCCCCAGAGAAGAAGGACACCAAAGCAUUAUUAGAGAAGAAGGAAACUAAAUUCCCAGAGAAGAAGGAAACCAAAGCUCCAGAGAAGAUUGAAAACAAACUCCCAGAAAAGAAAUACAAACCUCCAGAAAAGAGGGAAACCAAAUUCCCAGAGAGGAAGGAAAGCAAAGCACCAGAGAGGAAGGAAUUGAAAAUCCUAAAGAAGGAAACCAAAUCUCCAGAGAAGAGAAGCAAAGCUCCAGAAAAGAAGGAAACCAAAUGCCCAGAGAGGAAGGAAAUCAAAAUCCCAGAGAAGGAAAGCAAGGCACCAAAAAAGAAGGAACCCAAAGCCCCAAAGAAGGGGGAAGCCAAAGUGCCAGAGAAGAGAGAGACCAAAGCCCCAAAGAAGAAGGAACCCAAAGCCCCAAAGAAGGGGGAAGCCAAAGCCUGAAAGAAGGGAGGAACCAAAAUCCCAGAGAACCCAGCUGAGCUGGAGAAGAACUCUUUCUUUUAUUCACACAACUUAUUUUAUACAGUUUGACAAACCUAAUGUGCCACUUUAGUUAGUUGAUAGAUUUCUUAUUAUUAGUUAUGCCAAUUAUUCUGUUGGAUAAUAAAAUAUAUUUUACUUGUGCAUCAAA